AUGCCCGACUCAUACUUGCCCAAGGGCUUCCUAUGGGGCUUUGCGACAGCAAGCUACCAGAUCGAGGGUGCUCCCCAGGAGGAUGGAAGAGCUGACUCCAUCUGGGACACUUUCUGCCGCAUCCCCGGAAAGAUCGCAGACGGAUCGUCUGGUGACGUGGCAUGCGAUUCCUACCACCGCACCGCCGAGGACAUUGAACUGCUGAAGCAGGUUGGAGCAAAAUCAUACCGCUUCUCGCUCUCAUGGUCCAGGAUCAUCCCUCUCGGUGGUCGCAAUGACCCCGUCAACGAGAAGGGUCUACAGCAUUACGUGAAAUUCGUAGAUGACUUGCUUGCUGCUGGCAUUGAGCCAAUGAUCACACUCUACCAUUGGGAUCUGCCAGAGGCUCUGCAACAGCGUUACAACGGCAAGCUCAACAAGGAAGAGUUCGUCGCCGACUACACAAACUACGCCAGGGUCUGCUUCAAGGCGUUCGGCUCGAAGGUGAAGUUCUGGAUCACAUUCAACGAGCCAUGGUGCAGUUCCAUCCUCGGAUACAGCACUGGUCUCAUGGCACCGGGCCGCUGCAGCGACCGGACCAAGAGCCCAGUCGGUGACAGCAGCACCGAGCCAUGGAUCGUUGGUCACAACACCUUGAUUGCGCAUGCUUCCGCCGUUAAGGUUUACAGAGAGGAGUUCAAGGAGAAGGAUGGUGGCCAGAUUGGUAUCACCUUGAAUGGCGAUUGGGCCGAGCCUUGGGAUCCCGAAGAUCCUCGUGACGUCGAAGCCUGCGACCGUAAGAUUGAGUUUGCCAUCUCAUGGUUCGGUGACCCCGUGUACUUCGGAAAGUACCCUGAUUCCAUGCGCAAGCAGUUGGGCAACAGACUGCCCGAGUUCACAGAGGAGGAGGCUGCUCUCGUCAAGGGCAGCAAUGACUUCUAUGGCAUGAACCACUACUGCGCGAACUACAUCAAGCACAAGGACACCGAGCCAGAACUCGACGACUUCUCAGGUAACCUCGAGAUCGGCUUCCAGAACAAGGCCGGCGAAUGGAUCGGCCCAGAGACACAGUCGUUCUGGCUCAGGCCCAUGCCGCUAGGCUUCAGGAAGCUCAUCAAGUGGCUCAGUGAUCGUUACGGUGGUCCGACGUUCUACAUCACGGAGAACGGAACCAGUCUCAAGGGCGAGAACGACCUACCUCUCGAGGAGCUGUUGAACGACGACUUCCGCGUCGAGUACUUCAAGGGAUACGUGGGGGCUUUGGCAGAUGCCCAUGCCAUCGACGGUGUCGAUGUUCGUGGAUACUCAGCCUGGUCAUUACUAGAUAACUUCGAAUGGGCUGAGGGUUACGAAACACGCUUCGGUGUCACCUAUGUGGACUACAACGGAGGCCAGAAGCGAUAUCCCAAGAAGAGCGCCAAAGAGCUCCGAGGCAUCUUCGAGAACCUCAUCAAAAAGGAGUAA